AUGGUACUUCUUUUAUAUGUUGAUGACAUUCUUUUGACUGGUACUUCUGAUGCUUUGCUUGAUCAUAUGGUUACCCUUUUAUGUUAUCAAUUUGCAAUGAAGCAAUUAGGGGAUAUGAAUUACUUUUUGGGCAUAAAAGCACACAGGACUGUUAAUGAUAUUUUACUAACACAGAAAAAGUAUACUCUUGAGUUACUUAAAAAGUCUCAUAUGACAGAGUGCAUUCCAUGUAACACUCCAGUGGCUAAAGGACCUAGAGUGUCUAUCGAUGAUGGUACCAUUUUAUCAGAUGUGUCUUCUUAUAGAACAAUUGUUGGUAUGUUAUACCUAAAGGGCACUAUUGGUUAUGGAAUUACACUAAGAAAAGGUGAUAUAACUGAGUUAACAGCUUACACUGAUUCAGAUUGGGGAAAUUGUCCUGAGACAGCUAGAUCUACAUGUGGUUAUGCCAUUUUUAUUGGUAGUUCACUAAUUUCCUGGUCUAGUAAAAAGCAGCCUACAGUGUCAAGGUCUACUGCAGAAGCUGAGUAUAAGUGUCUAUCUGUGGCAACAGCUGAGUUGGAAUGGCUUUCUUCUUUGUUGUCGGAAUUACAUAUUACUUUGAAGUUGCCAAUUGCUCUAUAUUGUGACAGUAGUAGUGUCAUUUACUUAACAGCUAAUCAUGUUUCUCAUUCCAGCGCAAAACAUAUAAAGAUACACUAUCAUGUGGUUAGAGAAUUGGUGGCUAGUGGCUUCUUAAAUGUGCAGCAUAUUGCCUCAGAACAUCAGCUGGCAGACUUGUUUACAAAAGGGUUAUGUGCACCAACUUUUAAUUCUCUACUGCAUCAUUUACUUGGCUCCUCUGCUUCUACAUUAGUUAGUUCUGUUUCUACUUCAACAUGUAGUUAUCCUUCAGCAAAUUCUGCAUAUACUUCAAAUGUUCCAGCACAUACUUCUAUUUCAGCAGGAUUGGCUACUGGUUUUACUUCUUAUGCUUCCAUCUCUGAUUGUGGAUUGCCUAAACAUGUUUCUUUUUCUGUUUCUUAG